UGCGUGCGCGGCGCGCCCAGCUUGGCUCUUGGUGCCAUUUUUUCUUUUUUUUCGCGCGCAUGUCAGUGUGUGUCUCCCACUGUGCGCUACGUCUCCAUAGCCGGACAUCACGUCACGUGUCAGGGCUCCCGGGUCCUGGGCCAAGUUUUUCCCGUGUCAGAUCAUCUCACAGAGCUACAGCACAGCAACCCACACGGUCCGACCCUCCCCGCGCGCGCAUCUCCGCUCCACGCUGCGUAAGCGACACCUCAGCGAGGAUGGACGGAUGGAUGGAGGCAUGGAUGUGGAUAGACGUUCCCGUUUAAGCCAACGCGCAAACCAAGAGCACUUCAAGAGAUUCUUUGAUUACUUCCAGUGAUUUUUUUUUUUUUUUUUAACCGGAUUACCUUUGAUCUGUGAAAAGGCUGAAGAAAUAAGGAGAUUUAUUUUUCGAGGAGGGAGAAGAAAGGAAAGAAAGAAAGAAAGAAAGAAAGAAAGAAAGAAAGAAAGGAAAGCUCCGGGUUGCUGAGAAAGGCUGGGUGCGCUAGAAACACGGAAAGUCACGGAUCAUGCUUAUGGGAACUUCCGAUUCCGUCUCGAUAAGAGUGGCUCUGCCUGAUGCUCUAUCAUGACUGAUGGCGAAGGGAGAGCGCGCUUUCAGUAUGCAGAGUGCCACGAGGGGCAGGAGCAGGAGGAGAUGCAGGAGGAGGUGAGGCUCGCUAUACCGACGCCCUACCGGAAGGACGCCCCGGGUCACCACGUUGACCCUUGCGGAGGCCGUGAUGAAGAGGAGGACGAGGAGGUGGAGAGGAGGAGGAGGACGAGGAGGAGGAGGAGGAGGAGCAGUUGUAGCGGACGAGGGGGAGAAGGUGGAGGUGAAUGGAGUCCUGAGGUUCAGGAGCAGCAUGAGGGGCAAGAACUGGAGCUGGAAGUGGAAGUCGGACCAACACUGGGAGUUCGCAUCACGGCUCCUAUUCGGGAUCCGGACUGUGUCUCCGAGGAAGAGGAGCAGCAGCCGUACCCGGCCCUGGCCCCCAUUGCCUUCUUCUGCCUGAAGCAAACAACGCGGCCUCGAAACUGGUGUCUCCGUGUCGUCUGUAACCCGUGGUUCGAGCACGUGUCCAUGCUGGUGAUCCUGCUCAACUGUGUGACGCUGGGGAUGUUCCAGCCCUGUGAGGACGUCACCUGCCAGUCGGAGUGGUGCCGCAUCCUACAGGUAUUGGACGACUGUAUCUUCGCUUUCUUUGCUGUGGAAAUGGUCAUCAAGAUGGUGGCCCUGGGAAUUUUUGGCCCCAAUUGUUACCUUGGCGACAAGUGGAACCAGCUUGACUUCGUCAUUGUCAUGGCAGGGGUGUUGGAGUAUUCUCUGGAUGGCCAUAACGCCAGUCUGUCAGCCAUCCGUACCGUCCGAGUGCUCAGGCCACUGCGAGCCAUCAACAGAGUUCCAAGUAUGAGGAUCUUGGUGACACUGCUGUUGGACACCCUGCCCAUGUUAGGAAACGUCCUCCUCCUCUGCUUCUUCGUCUUUUUCAUCUUCGGCAUUGUGGGAGUCCAGCUGUGGGCGGGACUUCUGCGCAACCGCUGCUUCCUGGGAGAGGAUAUUGGAGCAAUGUACAACUUGUCCAUAAACUCUUACUAUAUGUCGGAGGAAGGUGAAGACAGCCCGUUCAUCUGCUCGGCCCCUCGCGAGAACGGGAUGCUGCGUUGCCACAAUGUGCCGCCAUACACCGAGGGCGGGGUGGAGUGUUCACUGGCCGCGCCCCACCAGAGUUCAGCUCUGAUCGGAUCAACUCCUGUGGUGGGAGGGGCUAGUGUUAAUGGCUGCGUUAACUGGAACCAGUACUAUAAUGUGUGUCAGUCCGGGAACCUCAACCCUCACAAGGGAGCUGUCAACUUUGACAACAUUGGCUACGCCUGGAUAGCCAUAUUCCAGGUCAUCACACUAGAAGGAUGGGUAGAUAUCAUGUACUAUGUCAUGGAUGCACACUCCUUCUACAAUUUUAUAUAUUUUAUACUGCUCAUUAUUGUGGGCUCUUUCUUCAUGAUCAACUUGUGCCUCGUGGUCAUCGCCACCCAGUUCUCUGAGACAAAGCAAAGGGAGAACGCCCUGAUGAGGGAGCAGCGCGCACGCUACAUGUCCAACGACUCCACGCUCGCCAGCUACAGCGAACCGGGCUCAUGCUACGAGGAGAUGCUGCGCUACAUCAGUCACCUUUAUCGCAAGUUUACGCGCAGGCUGCAGAGGAUAUACUCCGGAUGGCACAGUAAACGGCGUAAAAAGGUGAAUCCUAAUGGCAGUGGCGGAGGAAAUAACGGCGGGGGUAAUGGACACGGCCACGGUUCCAGCAGGGGCUGCGGAGCCUCGGGCCCGAAUAGCGCAUUGUGGCUGAGGCCGAUCCACAACCUUCUGCAGCACCAUCAGCACCAGCACUGUCGCCUCAGCAACGGGGGGCAGCACACCGUCAGUGUGGGAACCGCUGAGAACAUAGACAGAGAGGGAGGCAGUGGAGGAGGGGAGGAGCUCGAGAUGAAGUCGCUUCCUGUCCGGAGAGGGAGUACAAAUGGGAAUAACAGUGACGGCAGUGACGGCAGUAACGGCAGCGGUGGCGGCAACCCAACUGCUGUCACCCAUGGCAUGGGGGCCUUGCUCGGGCGGCUGAAUGGGGGGAUGAACUAUCCCACCAUUCUGCCAUCUUUUGUGUGCAGCUACAGCAGUAAGACGCCACCACCUCACUCCCAGCAGUGCAGGCCCAGUCCUGAGCAGCACCCACCAAACCACCCAUCGUCUGAACACACAGAGACACUGAACAAGCUCUACCAGCUCAUGGGACAGCACAGUCGCCAGAGGCUGCUGUACCAGCUGGCAGGCAUGGUGCCCAGCCCUCUGCUCCUGGAGCUGCUCAGCUGCCCUCUGUGUGCCCGCAGCCUGGAGACCUUAGAGCUGGAGCUGGGAGACCUGGAGGGAGGCAGAGGAGAGGCAGACGGACUGCACGACUUCCCCCAGGGGGGAGAUCUGAGAGGUAGAAGAGGUCGGAGCAGGCGGCGGGGGGUCGUGGAGUACAAAAACGGAGCGGUUCGGGCCUGGGUAGACUUCAGGGAAAAACUGAAGAGGAUUGUGGAAAGUAAAUACUUCAACCGGGGGAUCAUGAUCGCUAUCCUCGUCAAUACUCUCAGCAUGGGGAUAGAGUACCACGAGCAGCCUGAGGAGCUGACUGACGUGUUAGAGAUCAGUAACAUAGUCUUUACCAGUAUGUUUGUCUUGGAGAUGGGCUUCAUGCUCCUGGCUUUCGGCUUGUUUGGAUACAUCAGGAACCCGUACAACAUCUUCGAUAGCAUCAUCGUUAUCAUCAGCGUGUGGGAAAUAAUCGGUCAGUCGGACGGCGGCCUGUCGGUCCUGCGCACAUUUCGCCUGCUGCGGGUUCUGAAGCUGGUUCGCUUCCUGCCCGCCCUGAGGAGACAACUGGUAGUGCUGAUGAAGACCAUGGACAAUGUGGCCACCUUCUGCAUGUUGCUGAUGCUUUUCAUCUUCACUUUCAGUAUACUGGGUAUGCAUCUGUUUGGUUGUAAAUUCAGUAUCCAAGUGGACAAUGGAGACACAAUCCCUGACCGCAAGAACUUUGACUCUUUACUCUGGGCCAUCGUCACUGUUUUCCAGAUUCUCACCCAGGAGGACUGGAAUGUGGUGUUGUAUAACGGCAUGGCCUCUACCUCUCCAUGGGCGGCUCUCUACUUUGUUGCUCUCAUGACAUUUGGCAACUAUGUGCUUUUCAAUUUACUAGUGGCCAUUUUGGUUGAGGGCUUCCAGGCUGAGGGUGAUGCUAAUCGGUCGGAGUCAGAUGAUGAGAAGAAAUCAGACAACUCUGAAGAGGACGAGAAGGUGGAACAGCUCAGAGACACCGAGCUAAAGAUGUACUCCCUGAUGAUGACAGCUAACGGUCACGUUGACCCUCGCGGCUCGAUGGCUCCUCCUAUUAUCAUGCGAACGGCAGCUACGCCCAUGCCCACUCCGAAGAGCUCUCUGGGACCUGAAUCCAUCCUUGGGGAGGAGCUCGUGUACGGAGAGGGCGUGCCUCGAUACGGCGAGGUGGGGCUGGGGCUUUCUGAGACGGGAACUGAUCAUGCAGAGUCUCGCCGUGGAAGCUCCACCUCCAUGGACCCUUUAGCAUACGAUCAGCGUUCUCUAGGCCUCUCAAGUCCCGGCCACCGCUCCCCUCUUCCUCCGCGUGGGUCCGGCAGCUCAUGGGGAAGCCGCCGCUCCAGCUGGAACAGCCUGGGAAGAGCGCCGAGCCUCAAAAGGCGAGACACCAGCGGAGAGAGGGAGAGCCUGUUGUCCGGGGAGGGAGGAGAGGAGGAAGACGGCAGGGAAGACAAAGGGGAGGCUGGGGGAAACAACAGAUUACGGCCCGGGUCCUUGGAGCUGCUGCAGGCGUCUACUCUCUUGCCUUCAAUAAUAGCAGAGUACGGCGACUGUAACGGGAGGAGCCUGACUUACGACCCCAACAUGAACCCCGACUCCAAGGAAGACUCCUUGCCUGAAGACGACAUGGACGAUGACAGUUCUCUGUGCUACUCGAUUAAGAAAGAGCUCCGUAACAUGAAGCCCCGCUGGUGCAAAGAGCAUGAAGACUGGAAUCUGUAUUUGUUCUCUCCAGAGAGCCCAUUCCGUUUGUGGUGCCAAGCUGUGAUCACUCACAAAAUGUUCGACCAUGUGGUUUUGGUUUUCAUCUUCCUCAACUGCAUCACCAUUGCUCUGGAAAGACCUGACAUACAGCCGCAUAGCACGGAGCGAGUGUUUCUGAGCGUGUCCAACUACGUUUUCACUGUGAUCUUCCUUGCAGAAAUGGCCAUUAAGGUUGUAGCUCUCGGUUUCUGCUUCGGGAAUCAGAGCUACCUCCAGUCCAGCUGGAACGUUCUGGAUGGUUUGUUGGUGUUUGUGUCUCUGGUCGACAUCCUGGUCUCUCUGGCCUAUACUGGCGGAAACAGGAUCCUGGGCAUCCUCAGAGUCCUGCGCCUGCUACGAACACUACGCCCACUCAGGGUAAUCAGUCGAGCCCCAGGCUUGAAGCUGGUUGUGGAGACUCUCAUCACCUCUCUUAGACCCAUCGGGAACAUUGUCCUUAUCUGCUGCGCCUUCUUCAUUGUCUUUGGCAUCUUGGGGGUGCAGCUAUUCAAAGGGAAGUUCUACCACUGUGAAGGUCUGGACACGAAAAACAUCACCAACAAGUCAGACUGUCUGCAGGCUAAUUACCGCUGGAUACGAAGGAAGUACAACUUUGACAACCUGGUCCAGGCCCUGAUGUCACUGUUUGUACUGUCGUGUAAGGACGGCUGGGUCAACAUCAUGUAUGAUGGGCUUGAUGCGGUGGGAGUGGACCAACAGCCUGUGAGAAACCACAACCCCUGGAUGCUGCUCUACUUUAUCUCCUUCCUGCUCAUCGUCAGCUUCUUCGUCCUCAACAUGUUUGUCGGUGUCGUGGUGGAGAACUUCCACAAGUGCCGGCAGGACCAGGAAGAGGAGGAGGCCCGCUUACGGGAAGAGAAGAGGCUCAAAAUGAUAGAGAAAAAGCGCAGGAGUAAGGAGAAUGAAGGGGCUGAGGCCAAGCAGAGGCCUUACUAUGCGGACUACUCUCCCGUGCGUCUGUCCAUCCACACACUGUGUACCAGCCACUACCUGGACCUCUUCAUCACCUUCAUCAUCUGCAUCAAUGUCUUCACCAUGAGCAUUGAGCACUACAACCAGCCGCAGUAUUUAGAGGAGGUUCUGAAGUACUGUAACUACGUGUUUACCAUCAUCUUCGUCAUCGAGGCCCUGCUCAAGCUUGUGGCAUUUGGCAUACACAGGUUCUUCAAAGACAGGUGGAAUCAGCUGGAUAUAGCUAUAGUGGCAUUGUCCAUCAUGGGCAUCACCCUGGAGGAGCUGAAAAUGAGCGCAGCACUGCCCAUAAAUCCCACCAUCAUCAGAAUCAUGAGAGUACUCAGAAUAGCACGAGUGCUCAAACUUCUGAAGAUGGCCACGGGGAUGAGAUCUCUGCUGGAUACUGUCAUGCAAGCGCUGCCCCAGGUGGGAAAUCUCGGCCUCCUCUUCAUGCUGCUCUUCUUCAUCUACGCUGCGCUGGGAGUGGAGCUCUUUGGCAAACUGGUGUGUAACGAAAACAACCCGUGUGAGGGCUUGAGUCGUCACGCAACUUUUGAAAAUUUUGGGAUGGCCUUCCUCACUCUGUUUCGAGUGUCCACUGGAGACAACUGGAAUGGGAUUAUGAAAGACACGUUAAGGGAGUGUCAUCCAGACGACCGACACUGUCUCUCCUACCUGCCCCUGGUCUCUCCAAUUUACUUUGUCACCUUUGUGCUCAUGGCCCAGUUCGUGCUGGUCAAUGUGGUGGUGGCUGUUUUGAUGAAACACCUAGAGGAAAGCAACAAGGAGGCCAAAGAGGACGCAGAGAUGGAUGCAGAGAUUGCCUUGGAAAUGGCUUUGGAGAGGCAACGUAAAUUAAGCACAACCUCCAACAACAGCUCGGCGGGAGGAACCUAUGUUGGGCCAUGUCCACAUUCACCUGGACAGGAGGAAGAGGUCCAGUAUGAGGACCAAGACCUGCUGUCGUCAAGGAAGAUGUCCGUAUCCAGGAUGCACUCUCUGCCUAACGACAGCUACAUGUUCCGACCUGUGCGGCCUGCCAGCGCCCCCUACCCCUUGGAAGAGGUGGAUCUCAGUCCCCAGCACCAGCAUUCAGGCUCGGUGACGUCGGUCCACUCCCAGCCAUGUGAGAGUCGCGCUCUGCUGCAGGUACCAGACGUUUCCCCCAUCCACCCGCGAUCCCCUCCCACCCUCAUCCUGCCCCGCAUCGCCCCGCCCACGCCCAGCCCCUCCCCGCGCGCCCUGCGCAGACAGGUGGCAGUUAAACUGGAUUCGGUGGAAUGUGAGCAACAGGAGAGGCCAAACCCUAUCCCGCUUCCCCUGUCCCCUUCUCCCCUUUCCCCUCAUACCUCCUCCCCAUCUCCCCUUCCUCCUCCUCCUCCUUCCUCCCCUUCAGCUUUCUCCCUCCCACCCUGCUCCCCUCCUGCAUUCCCACUCCCUCCCACCUCUCCCUCUCCUCUGCCUCCUCUACUGCCUUCCCCCUCUCACCUCCCUCCCCCACCAUCAUCCCCAACGCUUCUUCUCCCUCCACUUCCCUCCCCGCGUCUCCCCCUGCGCCCCCCCAACCUUCGGAGACCUAGACCGCCCUCCGCUGCCUCCCUCUGCGACCCUGCCGAUGAGGAGGUGUAUCACAUCACCAGCUCAGCCCACCACAGGUGGAGGGAUGAGGAGGAAGGCAGGCAAGAGAGCAGAGGGAAGGCCGCCCGUAGCCACUCCCUCUCCCCGUACACCUCCCCGUACUCUCUCGACUCCUCCCCUCCUCCUCCUCCCCCGCUACUGCCUUCCUCCUCCAGGAGCACGCUCAGUCUGCUUGCAGCAGGAUUGAAGGACCGUGACUUUAGGAAGGGCUUUAGCGUUGACACCCAGGGCUUACUGGAUAAGCCGUCAUCGUUGGCUGUUGGUCACCCUGAAGACCAGCGGCGCCACUCCAUCGAAGUCUGCCUUCCACAGGCUGUCAUCACCGGUGAUGACCAAUUCUAUACACAGGAGGCCCACCGGUCGGAAAAGGGCGGUCAGGCAUUUCCUAUGAGGGUGCAGUCAGUCGGGGGCGGCCACAGAAAGAAGAAGAUGAGUCCUCCCUGUAUAUCCAUCCACCCGCCCUCAGAGAGGGAACACCCCCAAAUCGCCUCACCCCCAAAACUCGCCGACUGCAGCAUGAUGCUGAGACGCAGGACACCCUCCUAUGACUUGACCCCACACACACAGUCAAACACACACACGCAAGACAUCUCAGCGGAUACCCCGACACGCACACAGAUGCACUCCCCGAUGCACACAACGCUGACACCCAUCCACGUACCGCUGCAAGCGAACUCGCCAACUCGCACACUGACGCCCUCGCGGGGGUCUACUCCAACACACACUCAGACACACACUCCACCGCACCCGUCCACACCUACACAUCCACACAUCCCCAUCAGCCCGAACAUCUUCAUCCAGCCUCAUGCACCUCUUGUCCCUAACGCUAUGCCUUUCUCACAGACACGCUCCCUCUCCCCCGCUGCAAGGCACUCCUCUCUCGCAGGGGACUACAUCCCCCUCCCCCAGUUCACCUUCGACCAACCACAGUCCAGAUACAUGAGCGGCCUGUCAGCUGGCCUUUCUGACACUGAUACAGCCACCUGCUCUUCCCCUUUCGACAACAGACUGGGAAGCGGUGCGGGAUUCAGUGCAAAGAACAGGAGGACCGCCCAAUGAACAUCGAGGUUUACCUUCAGGAAGUCAAUUAUUUGGUCCAAAAUCUCUGAAGCUGGAGUAGUGGGGCCUCGGCUGACCUCAGCAGAGACUGGUGCUCGGGGAGGGGGGGGGGGGUGAGAGGAAGAGGUUUACUGGGAGAGGGACUUUUUUGUUUUUGUUUUUGUUUUGAUGAAUACUGAAAAGACAUUGAUUACUCUUUCCAGAGAGACGCUGGUACAGUCCUGUCCUAGAAUAAUAUACAGUGGAUCCAUUUUCCUGAAGAACAGCAGAUCCACCGAGGCUGUACCAGUCAAACAGUACCCACUGUACAUGGUGUGUGCAGACUAAUACUAACAACACACCAGGACUAAAGCCACCUAACUCCGUAGCCAAAGUUUUUUUGACACACUGUCCCUACCCACGCGAGCCAAUCAGGAAGCAGCGUCUGGCUGAUAACCUCUGACCUUUACAGGAAGCGGUUUGAGAAAUGCGAGCGUGGGGGGAAUUGUGGGAUAUGCAACUUCAGGUUUUCUACAGAAGUUCUACUUGCCCCUCCUCUGCCCCUCGAUCACAUUGAUCAGAGCAGAAGUGUGUGUGUGUGUGUGUGUGUGUGUGAGAAUUUGAGUGAGUGCGUGUGUGUGCGUUUUCCUAUUGUCAAAUCUGUUGUCAUGGAAGUCGGCCAUGUUAUUCUUACGCCUGCAACGAGAGAGGGGGGCAGCAGGGCAGAGCUGUAGUGUACGUUUAUCUGUGUAUCUGUGCAGUGUAAAUAAAGGAAAAUACUGUAUUUGGUGAGAUUAAAAAUAGCUCUAUCCAUAUGCACAUAUUUUUAUAGAAAUCUAAAAUGUUUUUUGCACACAGAAUUUGAAUUUCAAGUUGCUUGUUUUUCCUCUGUUGUCCUCUUGUGAAUGUAUGUUUCUUUUCAAAACGGAGAGAGCAGUGAAGGAGACCAACCCUCCUCUCAACAGACUAGCUGAGGUUGAGGAGCGGGAUUUUAUUUUUCUAUUUUGGAAAAGAGAACGGAGAGACCAGGGGUGUGAUGUGUUUCUGUAGCUUUGUCUCAGAUUUCUGUGUAUCUGGUGUCCAAAUAACAGUCUUAAGAAGUGGGCUCAGUGACGCAAGCCAAAUUAAUAUUAAAUUGAUAUUUCUCUACAUUGAUUCCAAAGAGAGCACAGUUUUUAAAUUUGUGUAAAGGUGUUAAAGGUUAAAAGCUAAACAUGUGAGCUGCCUCUGCACAGAUUUAAAUCUAAAUUUGGCCAUUACUCCAGAAGAAUCAAAAGAGAGUCGAGAGCUAAUUUUAUCCAACACAGAAAAAGAGAGACAUGACUGCUUUGUUUUUAAUUAGUCCAGAUACAUCAUAAAAUAACAACUCGCAGGCAGCUGAUAUCUCUGUAGGCUGCUGGCUGUGAGGCGAUAUACAUCAUGAACAAAUUCCACUAUUGUUCUCAUAAAGAGUAUGAAAUGGCAUCACUGAGCCUCUCUUUUACAGCUGUUUUCAGGCUGAAUCAGCUCUGACACCACUUAGUGUUUCUGUACAUCUAAAGACAACCAAACUAACUAACUUACUAAAUAUGUGUAGCCAGAGUGCAAUAAUAAUAUAUACUUGUGGAAAAUAUAGUGACGUCUACACUAUAUAAAACAACCACACUCUUGUGUUCGUACAUACUGUAGAACUACUAUAUAUGAUAUAAACCCAUUUUUAUAUGAUGAUUGAGAGUGUUUCUAUCUCUAGUGUUCAUGCUACUGUCGGCUACUUGCCCCCGGCGUGUGGCUGCGGUGGCAUGGGUGUGGCCGGCAGCACUGGAAGGUACUGUAGAUUUGUCCAGAAGCUCAGGCCCACCUGCUGAUGGUGUUAUUGUAAGCAGAAGAGUGACAUGCAUCCCUGCUGAGGACUCAAUAAGCCAUUCAUCACCUCUUUUCUUUUUUCUUUUUUUCUUUCUUAUUCCUAACAAGCCACUAACAACACAUCAAAAACACAUCAGAUCAGCUUACAUCAACACAUCAUAUUUGUUAAGUACAUAUGAAUUGUAGUAACAGAUGAAAUCAUGCAACCCCUUAAGGUGUGAAUGACAAAGUAUGGCAGGUAUUUUCCUUCCAGUGGCUGAAUGUUCUCUUACAAAGCCAUACUCUUAUUCCAGCACAGCACAAUAUGUGUUUGUGUUUUGUGCACAGUCUGGUUUGGCAGAGGCACACAAGAAGCAUGCUUGUAAGCUGCUUGGUACUGAUUCCCCUUUCAAAGGCAGCUGGCUGGGAUGACGUCUUCAUGUUUUUUUUUGUUUUUUUGUCUGAUCAGCAUGUAACAUGCACAAGUCCUCAGUAAUCUGAGUGAAAACCAAAGUGCUUUGAUGCUGUACCAUAAUCACUUCCGGCUCAGUUUUUCAUAUUUGUGCAAAGGAAAAAUGAUCUAUCUUUAUAGGUAUUGCCAGAUCAUAGAGCAAAGGGUCUUUGCAGGUUGAACGGAUGACUUUUAUGUUUACUUUUCAGAUACACAGUUGGUCUUAAAAAAUCCUGCAUCCAACAUAGUUUCCUGAUACCUGCAGAGACCACUGUAAGAAUAAGGUCAUUGAUGCAAAGAGUUCCAGAUUAUUCUUGAUCAUCAUUCUCAGAUUAUCAUUCUCCGUCCACACUCUCAUUUGCUUUACAUCUCCCAAGCAGUAUGCAUGUAGAGGGCAAAAAUUUGAGAUAAAACAUAAGAGGGGAAAAAAGAAAAAGAAAUAAAUAUGAAAUUGUAUGUUAGCUUCUUUUUGCUACAGGUCAACACCUUUGACCUUUGUGUGCUACAGCGCAGCAAUGGGAUUGGUUGUCAUCCUCGGGAUAGAGCCACAUUCAGCAGCACAGCGCUGCAGCCGUGAGUUCAGGUGGUGGUGAGGCAAAAAUAAAAGAGUUAGAUAAAUGAGAAUGAAAUCACAAAUUGAAAACAUUGCUGCUGAUGAACACACAGCUGUCAGCUUGUUCAUUCUUCGAUCGCACUCUUCUUCCAGUUCUGACACGCAGAGGCACAUCUGAUGUUGGAUUCUGAGACGUUGUCCUCCCUCCUGAACAUGGCACAGUUGGUCCUUCCCCUGGUUUAAAGUCAUUUUUAUACAGUAUGUGUUUGAACACACUGUUAUUGUGCAACUGCUUUGUCCUGUUACAUGUCCUCUUCCUGCACAGAUUGUCAGUAAUGGGAGGUUUUAAGUAGUUUGAAGACAGCCUCUUCCUGUCUCAUUCUUAUUUGACUUAGUGCAGACAACCCUGAUCUACAGCAUAUUGCCAUAGUAAUCAACACAGUUUGGUAGAGUGACUGCAUAAUUGUUCUUACUAUUUACAGAUCUUUGGAUCUCAGUAUUUAAAUCCUGUUUUUGAGGAAACAGUUUUGACUAUUGCAUGUUCUGAUUUAAGGAAAAAAAAGCUUUUGGGAAAGAAUCAUCUGGAUGUUUUAGAAAUUUUGAUAUUUGCAUUUUCAGAUGUUUCCAUUUGUAGAUUGACUACCUAAUUGCACUGGGCUCUUAUUAAUUGGUAUCUGAUACAAUACUGAUUAAAUGACACUAUUCUUUACUGUCCAAUGCAAUACUGGGUGGUUAUUUACUGUAUGAGGACUGAGCUCCUCUUUAUACAGUUUUAUAGAGAGAAAUGGAAACCUAGUUGGUUCUAUUUUGUUUGGAACCAAUGUUAUUUAAUGUUGAGGUGAACCUUUUUUCACAUACUCUAAACAUGGUAGAACUCUGGUGAUGGUGAAACUAAUUAACUGAUGUAUAUUUUAUGUAGGAGUAGCCUCAGCCCUGAUGCUCUGUAACAGACAGAUCAGGAUAGUAAUUAGUUGUGUUUUCUGGGUCGACACUGAGCUGGUCCGGCCUCGCACUGAAGCCGAUCACACUCCCGACAUAACACAAGUUUUACCACAACAGUAGACUCCAGGAAGUUCAAACUGUGAUAGAACUUGACUUUGAUGAAUCAGAAGCCUUGUGUUUUCUUUCUUUCUUUCUUUCUUUCUUUCUUUCUUUCUUUCUUUCUUUCUUUCUUUCUUUCUUUUUUUAUAACCCUUCAGUGAUUGGCCCAGGCACCCCCCCACCCCCAAACCCCCCAAGCCUUACAAGGAGGGGAGGAGGUGUGUUCUGUUUGUCAGAGGAGAGCCAACGUGUCUGCAAUAAUAAGCCCUCCAUUAUUCCCCAUAAGAGAGGGAGAGGGGAGGGGACAGAGGAGGUGUUUAAAGGCUCGACACACAGUCGGACUCUCUGCAUUGUAUCGUUGCUGAUUAUUGUGUGAUGACCAACCGUUGUCCUGGAGGAUGUUUCCCUGUCAAUUAAAAAAUACAAGAUUUUUUUUAUUCCUGACAUAUGUUGUCUGCUUUGUUUCUUCAGCUGAUGGUGUUAAUUUAAUUGAUUAUUCAUUCCUUCAAUAUAUAUUUUAACCUGACCAGUAAAAGCAGCCUGUGCGGAAUAUUCAUCAGUCUGUUGAAUCUCUGCUUGAGUUUAACAGCUCUAGGCUGCAUUAGAUGCUACUAGCAUAACACACCCACAUCUCUGACCAAACUUUCAGCAGUCUAUGGAUGCAACGUGGGUGAUGUAGGCACCAGGUUUUGAAACCUGUCUAUCCCAAGUCCACCAAUGUUAUAGAAGUGUAUAUGUAUAUGGAAUGCUUGUCUCUGUUAGUACAUAUUUGGGCCACAAUUAAAAAAAACAAACACAAAUAUUAAAAAAAUAUACUAAAUAUUA